CUUCAUAUGAAAGUGAAAGUAAAAGAAUACCAAAGAAGCACGUUGUUUUGCAAUUGUCCUGUUUAAUACUUUAAAAAUGGAACCAGUACGUUUACCACAGAAGAAAUUUUACAGACAGAGAGCCCACUCAAAUCCAAUGACAGACCACAAUUUCGAUGUGCCAGUGAAGCCAGAAGACAUGGACUGGAGUGAACAUUACCCAGACUUUUACCAAACUGGACAGAAGAUCACAGACUGCCCUCACAGAGUGGAGUUUGCAGACAUUGGUUGUGGUUACGGGGGUUUAUUGGUGUCUUUGUCACCAAUGUUUUCCGAAUCCCUUAUGCUUGGCAUUGAAAUUCGGGUGAAGGUACUUGACUAUGUAAAAGACAGAAUCAACGCCCUUAUAGCUCAGAAUCCUGGACAGUAUACCAACAUCUCAUGCAUUCGGUCCAAUGCCAUGAAAUACCUCCCGAAUUUCUUUCAAAAAGGACAGUUGUCGAAAAUGUUUUUUCUAUUCCCCGACCCACACUUCAAAAAAACUAAGCACAAGUGGCGGAUUAUCAGUCAGAGCCUGCUGGCGGAGUACGCCUAUGUUUUAAGAGUCGGGGGGGUCGUUUACACAAUCACGGACGUGCGCGAUCUUCACGAGUGGAUGGUUUCUCAUUUCGACCAAUUCCCUUUGUUUGAGAGGAUUUCUGGUAGUGAAUUGGAUAAUGACCCAGUGGUCGCCAAGCUAUAUGAGAGCACAGAGGAGGGGCAGAAGGUGACCAGGAACAAGGGAGACAAGCACCUGGCCGUGUACCGUAGGGUGGAAGACCCCCGCCUCACCGACCCCACCUUCUCCUAUCAGGCCUCCUAAUGCAGGGUGUCCGCGUCAGUGACCAAUUGACUUUUACACGGAGAGUCCGUGAACCGAGUCCAAUAAUCAACCUACUCGAGACAUAAUGGACCUAUUUUGUUGGAGACUAAUGGUGUUGAUAUAAGCAAAUGCUGCCGUACUGUAUUCGUGGAAUGACCGUUGGUUUAUGAGAGCACAGGGGAUAUUAAAAUGUUUGGUUUCUACAUUGAUUUUACGUAUUCGAAUAUUUGUACAUGCAUACAAAUUAAAGCAUUGCAUGCAAACAAAUUUCAGUCUUACGUUGAUUUAUCUAUUGCAGUUAUUUCAAUAUUGUUCUAUGUAUUUUAUAUUUUAAAAAAAUAAGACAAUACAUAGGCCUGAAAUUAAAGGGUAGUAUUUGAAAUACACAAUGCACUCUGUAUUGCUAUUUGCUUACUAGAAAUAUUUCAAAAUGUGAUUGGAAUGAAGGAGUCAGCGUCCUUGAUUUUGAAUUGUCGCGGAUUAUAGUAUUCAAUCUAUAACGACCACAUUUUGUACCUAAUAAAUGCAUUGUAUUAUAUUCUUAGUCAAGAUAUAAGUUUAAUAGAGUUAUCAAAAACAUAAACUCUACCAAAAGAAUUAUCAAAAUUUUGCUUAUUGUCCAAUGAAUUGCACCUGAAAUUCUACGCUGAAGUAUAUGGGCAACACAUGUUUUAUUAUUGAAGAUAUUGUAAUAAGUAACAUGAACUUCAUACAAAUCCCUUGGAGAAUAUGCACAUGAAAUAAUACCGCAAAUAGUUUGACAAAAUUAAAAUUUUAUUCUUCUCAUCAAGGGCAAAUAACUCUUAAAAACGGUUUAAGGUGCAAAAUUGCCAGCUUCUUAUACGUUACUACAGUAUCAGUCAUGUGAAUGUGAUACAUUUCACUUUGUUAUCUAGCAAUACACAUCUAACUAAAUAUUAUUUAAAAUUGUUCAAUAUCCCUUCAUUAUACAUUGAAUACCUUAAGACAUACUUGAAAUUAAGGGUUUUUCCCCCCAACACAUACACAUGUACAUCAAAUACCACAGAUAUUUUGAAGUAUAUGUAGUUACUGUUACAAGACAAGCACCUGCAUCUCUUCAUUCAGACAAACUUCAAAUGCAUGGCCUCUCUUUCUCAUACAGAUAGUAAACUAUGACAAAAGAGUAGUUUUAACUGUUUAUUAAUUCAUACAUGCUAGAUUCAGAAUACAUUCUACAUUCAAGUCUUACUAGAGGCAGUGCUACAACUAUUGUAUAUAGUAAUUGACUUGCAGACACAUAGAUUAGGAAAUAAAUACAUGUAGUAAAAAGCCCUGAUAACUGGAUAAAUACUGAUAAGACAGUCUCUUGGUUUUUCAUUCAAUGUAACCAUUCAGCUCCUAGAUUAAAAUCAUAUUUAACACUCCAACGCGAAGUCAUGGUUUCAACUUCAUUCUGACUAGCAUUAAAAAAUU